AAUCUAAAUUCUUUUACGCACCACCACCACUAAGCGCAACACUUAGAACACGAGGUUCCAUUUGCGUGCCGGCCAUCAGUACUGCUGUUCCGACUCGCGCUGCCCGCUGGUCAUUUUUUUUUAAAUUUGAAUUAUUACUAAACACAAUAUCAAAAUGAGUACUGAAACUGUGAAUGCGUUGGUGUUCGACUACUUGAACUCGUUGGAUCAGAACCUUGCAAAUAUGUUCCAGACCAAGACUAAAGCCUCAAAACUACAGAGAGGGCAAACUAAAUUAACCCAGCUAAUUGAUGACCAUUUGAAGACUUCUAAAAAGACAAUUAAGUUACAGAAGAAAGGACCUUCUGUAGAUCAAAUAAUUAAAUUAAGUAAUGGCAAAGCAGCUAAAGUCGAGGAAGAAGAAUCUGAUGAGGACAGUUCCGAUGAUGAAGUACCACCUAAAUCAAAAAUCAAUGUUACAAAAGCAAAGAAGGUAGAAAAAAAAGAAGAAAGUUCUGAAGAAGAAAGCUCCGAUGAUGACGAUGAACCACCUGUUAAAAAAGCAUGCAUUGCUCCUGUUAAGAAACCUGUUGCUAAACAAGAAUCUAGUUCAGAAGAAGAGAGCUCAGAAGAAGAAGAAACUCCUGCCCCAAAAAAACCUAUUACUAAACCAGUCGUAAUGCCUCCUGCAAAUAAGAAAACCACUGCAGAAGAAGAAUCCUCUGAAGAUAGCUCUGAAGAAGAAAGUUCUGAAGAAGAAAAGCCUGCAGUAAAGAAAGCCCCUCAGCUCCCUGCUAAAAAGGUAGUACCUGUUAAAAAAGCAGAAUCUGAUGAAAGUUCAGAAGAAGAAAGUUCAGAAGAAGAAACUGUUGUGAAAGUUCCAGCUAAAGUAGUUGCUGCUAAAAAUGGAAAGAAAGAAUCUAGUUCUGAGGAAGAAAGUUCUGAUGAAGAAGAUACCCCUCCAGUUAAGAAAACUGCUGCUAAGCCAGCUGUCAAAAAAACUGAAGAAUCUAGUUCUGAAGAAGAAAGCUCUGAUGAGGAAACUGUAGUUAAGACUCCAGCUAAAGCUCCUGUUUCUGCAAAAAAAGCCCAAAAAGAAGAAUCUAGUUCUGAAGAAGAAAGUUCAGAAGAUGAAACCCCAGCUACCGCCAAACCAUUGAAGAAAACUGUAACUAAACCAGUUGUUGCUAAAGAAGACAGUGAUGAAGAAUCUGAUGAUGAUGACGAUGACGACGAGGAAGAAGAAGUUAAAAAGACUCCGAAUAGUCAGAUUAAAACUCAGCCAUUUGUCAAAGCAACUAAUGGAGAUGAUAAUAAAAUAUUAAUGGGAAACAUGGAUCAGUAUGAUAUUGGUAACAAAUCUUUUGACUCUGAUAAAAAGAAAAACCAGCACAAUAGGCGAUCAGAUCCUUAUAGACGUGUCCGUGAUGACAAUAUCAGUGUUGAUGAACGUCUUUUGGAUAAUUCACUAAAAGCAAAGAAAGGUCAAUAUGAAAAUUGGGGUAAGAAAGCUGCUCUAGACUUACAAUACACAAAAGGAAAAUCUUUUAGACAUGAAAAAACAAAAAAAAAACGUGGUUCUUAUCGAGGUGGACAAAUUGAUGUAGGUGUUAAUUCCAUUAAAUUUGACGAUUAAUUAUAUAAUCGUUUUGAACUUUUUAUUUUUUGAACAUUUAUUAUUGUUUUUAAAAACAAUUCCUAUCAUUAUUACAAUUUCAUUUUUUAACUAAAUAUAAACAAUAGUUUGUAAUUGCAUUUUCUUUAUUUCUUCUUAUAUAAUUAAACAAACUAUAGAUUCGUGUAUUUUAAGUUUUAAAGUAAGAUUUGUAUAUAGGUAAUAUUUAAGUGACUGUAAUUUAAAGUUAUGUAUUCAUUUUUGAAUUAAGAUAUAAUUUUAAUUAUUAUUAAUUACCUCUUUUAAAAAAUUUAAUGUAUGUUAAAAUAUAUAUAUUUUUUGAAAAAAAUAUAAGUGGUACCAUAAAUUGUUGACUGUUAUUGAUCUUUUUCCUAAAUUAUAGAUGAAAUAAAAUCUACCAUAUUGUAACUACUUCUUAGGUUGGACGAAACUUAUGUUUUACGACUCAUGAUAAAGUUUAAUCACUUUAAUGUAACUGUAAUUUAGGUAUGGAUUUUGCUUUUUUCAAUUUAAUAAUAAAUAUUGUUUUUUUAUAUUUUGAUUUUGAAGAUAAUAAAAUUUUAAUAUUAUUUGACUGAAUUAAA